GUCGACAUACUGACUGCUGCAGACAAGACAGUCUGCAUCCAUUCUAUUAGCUAUCUAUUGAGCACGUGCCACCCACUCACUGGCCCGGCCCCCACCACCACACAGCCCAACAAUCACCUUUGCCGCCUCGCUGGCCCCGUCCUCCAGCCGCACUUGCAUCCCUACCGACUCGAUGGCUGCACGCCUCUCGGGCGGCACCACACACACGCUCCCAUCAUGGGAUCGACCCAACAGCUGGCCCAGCAGCCCACUUAGGCACGCUGCGGCCUCGACAACGGAGGUCCCCUCCAGCAGUGAGAGGAAGACAGAGCCAUCAACCUGAGUGACACGGACAGACAUGACCCCACACCUCGCUUGCCGCAUCUCUCUCUGUGCGUGUGUCUUGUCUUUGUGGUUUGGCACCUACCGCGACAUUGAGAUCCACAAGCCGCUUGCACCACACCUGACACACACACACACACACACACGACUCAUGCGGGGCUUUCGUUGACGUAUUCUGUUCUGUUGACCUGCUGAUCGAACAUGAAAGGGCAGACUAUCUGGGGGAUGCCGGCACGACAGACAGCGGCCACCGUGCCCCCGCCACCGUGCGUGACGGCCGCCACACAUGAGGGAUGGCCGAGAAGACGCGACAGGUCCACCACACCAGAGAGGCGGCUGACGCCCUCGAACACCGACAGUGUGGUAGCGGCGUCGUCUGGUGAGCCGUCGGCAUCCAGACUCGCAACCGGCACAUGGUACACAAACCUUCACACACACACACACACACACACAGAGAUGCCAGGCCACAAUGAGUCCGAGUGAGUCCCUCUCCCCUUCUGUUGUCCCAUCCAUCGCCUCUCACAAGCCCACCCCACCUGAGUGCAGUGGUGCGAUGGACAGCCUCCAGCACCUGCCCCACACACCGCCACGAGAAGUGGCAUGCGCCGAUGGCGGGCAUGCUGCCGAAACACACCCACACAAACGGCUUCUCGGGCAAGCUGAGGGGCGGCACGAUGGUGCUCGAUGCAUCAGGCAGGGUGGCGUCGGCAGCUGCGGAGCCGACUACACGGACAGAGGGGGGCCAGUCGGCAGGGACAGCGAACAAUGCGGGGCUGCAGCAAAUGGGAGAGCGGGGCCCUUUGUGUGUGUGUGUGUGUGUAGGCGGGAAGGGUCGCCAUGCCAUGUGUUUACCUAAGUAGGUAGAGAACAGUUGCUGCAUGCGGCAGCGCAUCAUCACCAUCACCGUCAUCACCAAAUAUGCUCUCGGGCAUCCCCAGGACCUCCAGCCUCAGCUUGCCGUGGUCGUCCAUACAAAGACGCCACAUCCAGUGCCUCAACGAACGAACGAACGAAUCAACACACACACAAUCCACUCCACACACACACACGCAGCUGCUGACCCAUGGUCUGUCUCAUUUGCUCUGCUCAAACCUGAGGUCUGCCAGAGUCAUCAAAGUCAUAUUGCCGCCCUCGGCUCGUUCCAGCCGCUCAUAGAUCUCCCUCCCAUACUCGUCCCUGAAGGCAGCCGUGAAGCCCUCCGGCAUCUCGCGAGGCGCCAAACACGGCGACAGCACCACAGCCGCACACCGAUUCCCUCGCCGGUUCUCCCGCUGCACUGCGUGCCAACAGAAGAGGGCGAAAUAGUUGAAGCCCACCACCCUCCUGCCCUCGCACAGCCUCGCCAGUACGGCCGCCUCCUCAGCUGAACAGAACAAAGCGUCAGCCGUUGGCCGGAGAGGGGAGCUGUCGAUGCCCUCGAGAGUUAGCAGCAGCCGACUGGUCCGCUUAUCAUCAUGUGACUCAUCCGUGUGGGCUGCCGAUCUCUCUGUUGGCUGCAGGUGCCUUAGAAGGGAUGAGUGCGUCACGAAGAGGACAGGCAGUGAGCGGCUGACGGCCCGCGCCACGGAAUACAGCGGGAGGACAUCUCCGAAAGUGCCGAGGGCUGCAACCAGCACUGGUGGUGGACGCUCCGCAUUGUUAGAUGCCUCCAUCAGAAAAGAGGGGAGAUC